AUGGAGCCUGGACCGGGACCGGGACUCGAUCGGGAUCAGAACCGGGACCGGGACCGGGACCAGAACUGGGACCAGAAGAGCCCCGACCCGCCGGGGCCGCUGAACGACCGCCGGCACCGGCACCGGCAGCGGCAGCGGCAGCGCCGCCAGCACCGGCACCGGGCAUGGCCCGGUGAGCCCGCAGCGCGCAGGAGCUUCUGCCUCCUCUGCUCACCCCGGGCAGGGACAUGGGGGUCCCUCCCGGUGUCCCCUCCCCAGCAGACCCCUGACCCGGCUGUCCCCUGUCCCCCGUCCCCAGGGGAUCAGAUCGUCAGCGCCACCGUCUACUUCGACAAGCUGCAGUCGGGGGAGGCGGCGCAGCUGCUGCAGAGCAUGGGGCAGCACACGCUGGGGCUGCGGCUGCAGCGCCGCGGCGACCGCUCGCCCACGGCCGGACACGGCUGCGGCCAGCUCGGACACGGCUGCGGCCAGCUGGCCUUCGCGCCCGGCAGCCCCGAGGUCGUGCUGAGCGGCGAUGACGAGGAGUACCAGCGCAUCUACACCACCAAAAUCAAACCGCGGCUCAAGUCCGAGGAGGGCGCCGAGGCCGAGGCCGGGGCCACGCAGAGCAGAACCAUCACGGUCACCCGCAAGGUCACCGCCUACACCGUGGACGUCAGCAGCCACGACGGCGACCUCGGCGUCCUCGGCGGCCCCGACUUCAACGUCCGCGUCCCCACGCCGGAGCUCGGCGCCGAUGUCCGAGCUGGGCCGGGGGUCCUGCCCGGCGCACCCGAGGGGCUCCACCUGAGAACAGAGCCCCAGAGCCAAAUUCCUGCUGGAGAAACUGGAAAAUCCCUGCCGGGCUGGAAGGGCUCCGGCGCCUUCCCGGGGUCGCCCCGGGUCGAGGCCAACGGACAGUUUGGAGAGCCGGACGGGUCGUUCCACGUGUCCGGCGGGGCUCCGUGUCCGCAGGGAGAGGUCAGCGGCUCCUCGCCACCCGUGGACGUGGGGAAAAUCAAGAUCCCGACGUUAAAAAUCCCCAAAUUCGGGUUCCAGGCCGGCGGCGAAGCUGUGGCCCCGCAGGUGGGCGCGGGGAUGGACGUCACCUGCUCGCCCGCGCCGGACGUUUCGUCCCCGUCCGGCAAAGCCCCGGUGCCGCAGGUGGACGUGGCGGUCAAAGGUGCCACCAAGGUCCCCUCCCCUCCUCUGGACGUCCCCGGCUUGGAGGUCGCGGCCCCGGACGGCGCCAAGGGGAAAAUCAAAAUCCCGCACUUGACCUUCCCCAAAUUCACCGCCCAGGGCGACGGCGGCACCGCGGAUGUCCCCAAGGGCGUGGCCGUGCCCGAGGUGGCCCCGGAAGGAGAAUGGAAAGGCCCUACCUUCAAGAAGGUGGAAACGCCCCAAAUUUCGCUGUCGGACGUGAACCUGAACCUGAAGGGCCCCAGAGGGGAAGGGGACCUCAAAGGACUCUGCCCCAAGGGGCUCCAGGUGGACAUGAAGGGUCCCCAGGUGGACGUGGCCGGGCCAGGGGGUGGCCUGAAGGGCGUGGAGAUGGACGUUGGCCUGAAGGGAGGAGUGGACGUGUCCGUGCCGACCGUGGGGGGCGAAUUGAGGGGACCCCAACUGGACCUUAAAGGGCCCCAAAUUGGGGUGGAGGUGCCCGGAGUGGACAUCAAGGGCCCCGCUGUGAAGGUGCCCGAGAUGAGCGUCAAGACCCCCCAAAUCUCCGUGCCCGACGUCGACCUGAGCCUGAAAGGGCCCGGAGUGAAGGGAAAUCUGGAUGUUUCUGCCCCAAAACUGGAAGGGGAGCUGAAGACCCCCGGACUGGACAUCAAAGGCCCCAAAGUCGAGGUUGGGAGCCCAGAAAUGGAGAUCCAGGGGCCCGAGGGCAAACUGAAGUUCCCCAAGAUGAAAAUGCCCAAAUUUGGGGUGAAGGGAGAGAGCCCCAGCGUUGACGUGACCCUUCCCAAAGCGGGGGUGGACGUCUCCUGCCCCAAGGUGGACGUCAGCGUCCCCAGCGUGGAUAUCAAGGGCCCCAAAGUGGACAUUGAAGCACCCGAAGUGGACGUCCAUGGCCCCGAGGGCAAAUUCAAGAUGCCCAAGUUCAAAAUGCCCAAAUUUGGGAUGCCCGGGGUCAAAGCAGAAGGUCCAGAGCUGGACGUGAACCUCCCCAAGGGCGGCGUGGAGGUGUCCGGCCCCAAGGUGGACGUUGAGGCGCCAAGUUUGGACAUCCAGGGGCCCCAAAUGCACCUCAAGGGCUCCAAAAUUUCCGUGCCGGACGUGGACCUGACCAUGAACGGUGCCAAGGCCAGCGGCGACCUGGACGUGUCCAUGCCGGGUUUGAAGGGCCCCGAGCUGGACGUCAAAGGCCCCAAAGUCGAGGUUGAAGCCCCAGAUUUGGACGUCCAAGGGCCCGAGGGCAAACUGAAGUUCCCCAAGAUGAAAAUGCCCAAAUUUGGGGUGAAGGGAGAGAGCCCCGAGCUCGAGGUGGCCCUUCCCAAGGGCGGAGUGGACGUUUCAGGUCCCGGUGUCGCCGUCGAGGUCCCCGGCGUGGAGCUGAAGGGCCCCAAGGUGAAGGUGCCCGAGGUGAGCAUCAAAACCCCCCAGAUCUCCAUGCCUGACAUCGAUCUGAACCUCAAAGGGCCCAAAAUCAAGGCAGAUUUGGACGUUUCCACCCCAAAACUGGAAGGGGAGCUGAAGACCCCCGGAUUGGACAUCAAGGGCCCCAAAGUUGAGGUUGAAGCCCCAGAUUUGGACGUCCAAGGGCCCGAGGGCAAACUGAAGUUCCCCAAGAUGAAAAUGCCCAAAUUUGGGGUGAAGGGAGAGAGCCCCGAGCUGGAGGUGACGCUCCCCAAGGGGCAAGUGGACAUUUCCGCCCCCAAGGUGGACAUCGACGUCCCGAGCGUGGACGUGGAGGGGCCGGAGGUCAAAGGGAAAGGCCUCAAGUUCAAAAUGCCCGAACUCAACGUUCAGACCCCAAAACUCUCCAUGCCAGACGUGGAUCUGGGCUUGAAGGCCCCGAAACUCAAAGGGGACGUUGGAAUUUCUGGGCUGAAGGGCCCAAAAAUCGACGUGAAAGGCCCCAAAGUGGAUGUGGAAGGUGCCAAAAUCGACGUGAAAGUUCCCAAGUUGGAUGUGGAAAGUCCCAAAAUCGACGUGAAAGGUCCCAAGUUGGAUGUGGAAGGUCCCAGGUUGGAAGUGGAAGGUCCCAGGUUGGAUGUUGACGUGCCCGAGGUGGACUUGGAAUGUCCAGAAGGGAAGGUGAAAGGCCCCAAAUUCAAGAUGCCGAAACUCAACAUCAAAUCCCCCAAAAUCUCAAUGCCGGACGUGGAUUUGAACCUGAAGGGACACAAAGUGAAGGGAGAGGUGGACGUGUCCCUCCCCAAGGUCGAAGGUGACAUCAAGGGGCCGAAGGUGGACGUGGAGGUCCCGGACGUCCACCUGGAGGGUCCAGAGGCUAAACUGAAAAUGCCCAAAAUGAAAUUGCCUCAUUUCAACGUGUCCGGCCCCAAAAUGGAGGGGCCCGAGGUGGACGUGACCCUGCCCAAAGGAGAGGUGGACAUCUCUGGGCCAGAGGUGGACGUUGAGGGGCCGGAGGUGGACGUUGCAGGAGUGGAAGGGAAAUGGAAAGGUCCCAAAUUCCGGAUGCCGAAGCUGAACAUCAAACCCCACAAAAUCUCAAUGCCGGACGUGGAUUUGAACCUGAAGGGACCCAAAGUGAAGGGAGAUGUGGACGUGUCCCUCCCCAAGGUGGAAGGGGAGUUGAAAGCUCCAGAAGUGGACAUUAAAGGGCCAAAAGUGGACGUCGAGGUGCCCGGCGUGGAUUUGGAGGGUCCCGAGGGGAAGAUCAAAGGCCCCAAGUUCAAGAUGCCCGAGAUGCACAUCAAGACACAGAAGAUCUCCAUGCCCGACGUGGACAUCAACCUGAAGGGCCCCAAAGUCAAGGGCGACGUGGACGUGUCCCUUCCAAAGCUGGAGGGUGACCUGAAGGGGCCUGAACUGGACAUUAAGGGCCCCAAAGUGGACAUUGAAGCACCCGACGUGGACAUUCACGGCCCUGAGGGGAAAUUCAAGAUGCCCAAGUUCAAGAUGCCCAAAUUUGGGAUGCCCGGGGUCAAGGUAGAGGGUCCCGAGCUGGACGUGAACCUCCCAAAAGGAGACCUGGAUGUGUCUGGCCCCAAGGUGGACAUUGAAGGCCCAGAGGUGGACGUGGAGCUGCCAGAGGGGAAGAUCAAAGGCCCCAAGUUCAAGAUGCCCGAGAUGCAUUUCAAGACCCCCAAGAUCUCCAUGCCGGACAUUGAUUUGAAUCUAAAGGGUCCAAAACUGAAGGGAGAUGUCGAUGUCUCUGUCCCCAAGAUGGAGGGUGAGCUGAAAGGUCCCGAAAUUGACCUCAAGGGCCCCAAAGUGGACAUUGAAGCACCCGACGUGGACAUUCAUGGCCCUGAGGGGAAAUUCAAGAUGCCCAAGUUCAAGAUGCCCAAAUUUGGGAUGAAGGGAGAAGGUCCCGAGGUGGACGUGAACCUCCCAAAAGGAGACCUGGAUGUGUCCGGCCCCAAGGUGGACAUUGAGAUGCCAAGUGUGGACAUUGAGGGCCCAGAGGGGAAGAUCAAAGGCCCCAAGUUCAAGAUGCCCGCGAUGAACAUCAAGGCCCCCAAGAUCUCCAUGCCCGACAUCGAUCUGAACCUGAAAGGCCCCAAAGUCAAGGGGGGUGUGGAUGUCUCCGUCCCCAAACUGGAGGGCGACCUGAAAGGUCCGGAUGUGAACAUUAAAGGUCCGAAGGUGGAUGUGGACGUUCCUGACGUGGACGUUGAAGGUCCAGAGGGGAAGUGGAAGGGACCCAAGAUCAAGAUGCCAGAGAUGAACAUCAAGGCGCCGAAAUUUUCUCUGCCGGAUGUUGACUUGAACCUGAAGGGUCCCAAACUGAAGGGAGAAGUGGGCGUGUCUGCCCCAAAAAUAGAAGGUGACGUGACAGUGCCAGAUGUGGAGUUGAAAGGACCCAAAGUGGACGUGGAUGUCCCUGACAUCGAACUGGAGGGCCCCGAGGGGAAGAUCAAAGGCCCCAAGUUCAAGAUGCCCGAGAUGCACUUCAAGGCCCCCAAGAUCUCCAUGCCCGACUUUGAUCUGAACCUGAAGGGCCCCAAAGUGAAGGGAGACGUGGAUGUGUCCCUCCCGAAAAUCGAGGGAGAUUUGAAGGCUCCAGAGGUCGACAUCAAAGGCCCCAAAGUCGAUGUGGAUCUCCCCGACGUCGACCUGGAGUGUCCCGAGGGGAAACUGAAGGGCCCCAAGUUCAAGAUGCCCGAGAUGCACUUCAAAACCCCCAAGAUCUCCAUGCCUGAUAUCGACUUCAACCUGAAGGGCCCCAAACUGAAGGGGGACGUAGACAUUUCCGCCCCCAAACUGGAAGGUGACCUGAAGGGCCCAGACGUGGACAUCAAAGGUCCCAAAGUGGACAUCGAAGCUCCCGACGUGGACAUUGAUCUCCCGGAGGGAAAGGUGAAGGGCCCCAAGUUCAAGAUGCCCGAGAUGCACUUCAAGGCCCCCAAGAUCUCCAUGCCUGACUUUGAUCUGAACCUGAAGGGCCCCAAGGUCAAAGGUGAUGUUGAUGUGUCCGUGCCAAAGCUUGAAGGGGACCUGAAAGGGCCGGAGGUGUCACUGAAAGGUCCAAAAGUUGAUGUCGAGGUGCCCGAUGUGGAGCUGGAAUGCCCAGAAGGGAAGAUCAAAGGCCCCAAGUUCAAGAUGCCCGAGAUGCACUUCAAGGCCCCCAAGAUCUCCAUGCCCGACUUCGAUCUCAACCUGAAAGGCCCCAAAUUGAAGGGGGACGUUGAUGUUUCAGCUCCAAAGAUGGAGGGUGACCUGAAGGGCCCCGAAAUCGAUAUCAAAGGCCCCAAAGUUGAUGUCAACCUUCCCGACGUUGACCUGGAGUGUCCUGAGGGGAAACUGAAGGGCCCCAAGUUCAAGAUGCCCGAGAUGCACAUCAAGGCCCCCAAGAUCUCCAUGCCCGACGUUGACUUCAACCUCAAAGGCCCCAAACUGAAGGGGGAUGUCGAUGUCUCUGUUCCAAAGCUCGAGGGUGACCUGAAAGCCCCAGACAUCGACAUCAAAGGCCCCAAAGUGGAUGUUGAUCUCCCCGAUGUUGAGCUGGAAGGUCCCGAGGGGAAGAUCAAAGGCCCCAAGUUCAAGAUGCCCAAAUUUGGGAUGCCUGGGGUCAAGGCAGAAGGCCCCGAGGUGGACGUGAACCUCCCAACAGGAAACCUGGAUGUGUCCGGCCCCAAGGUGGACAUUGAAGGCCCAGAGGUGGACGUGGAGCUCAUCAAGGCCCCCAAGAUCUCCAUGCCCGACGUUGACUUCAACCUCAAAGGCCCCAAACUGAAGGGGGAUGUCGAUGUCUCUGUUCCAAAGCUCGAGGGUGACCUGAAAGCCCCAGACAUCGACAUCAAAGGCCCCAAAGUGGAUGUUGAUCUCCCCGAUGUUGAGCUGGAAGGUCCCGAGGGGAAGAUCAAAGGCCCCAAGUUCAAGAUGCCCAAAUUUGGGAUGCCUGGGGUCAAGGCAGAAGGCCCCGAGGUGGACGUGAACCUCCCAACAGGAAACCUGGAUGUGUCCGGCCCCAAGGUGGACAUUGAAGGCCCAGAGGUGGACGUGGAGCUGCACAAGGCCCCCAAGAUCUCCAUGCCCGACGUUGACUUCAACCUCAAAGGCCCCAAACUGAAGGGGGAUGUCGAUGUCUCUGUUCCAAAGCUCGAGGGUGACCUGAAAGCCCCAGACAUCGACAUCAAAGGCCCCAAAGUGGAUGUUGAUCUCCCCGAUGUUGAGCUGGAAGGUCCCGAGGGGAAGAUCAAAGGCCCCAAGUUCAAGAUGCCCAAAUUUGGGAUGCCUGGGGUCAAGGCAGAAGGCCCCGAGGUGGACGUGAACCUCCCAACAGGAAACCUGGAUGUGUCCGGCCCCAAGGUGGACAUUGAAGGCCCAGAGGUGGACGUGGAGCUCAUCAAGGCCCCCAAGAUCUCCAUGCCCGACGUUGACUUCAACCUCAAAGGCCCCAAACUGAAGGGGGAUGUCGAUGUCUCUGUUCCAAAGCUCGAGGGUGACCUGAAAGCCCCAGACAUCGACAUCAAAGGCCCCAAAGUGGAUGUUGAUCUCCCCGAUGUUGAGCUGGAAGGUCCCGAGGGGAAGAUCAAAGGCCCCAAGUUCAAGAUGCCCAAAUUUGGGAUGCCUGGGGUCAAGGCAGAAGGCCCCGAGGUGGACGUGAACCUCCCAACAGGAAACCUGGAUGUGUCCGGCCCCAAGGUGGACAUUGAAGGCCCAGAGGUGGACGUGGAGCUGCAUCAAGGCCCCAAACUGAAGGGGGAUGUCGAUGUCUCUGUUCCAAAGCUCGAGGGUGACCUGAAAGCCCCAGACAUCGACAUCAAAGGCCCCAAAGUGGACAUUGAAGCACCCGACGUGGACAUUCAUGGCCCAGAAGGGAAAGUUAAAAUGCCCAAGUUCAAAAUGCCCAAAUUCGGCUUUUCUGGGCCCAAAGUGGAAGGCCCCGACGUGGACGUGAACCUCCCCGAGGCUGAGGUCAACAUUUCUGGUCCAAAAGUCGACGUUUCCGUCCCCGACCUGGACAUUGAAGGCCCCGAAGGGAAACUGAAGGGCCCCAAGUUCAAGAAGCCGGAGCUGCAGUUCAACGUCCCCAAGAUCUCCAUGCCCGACAUCGACCUGAACCUGAAAGGCCCCAAAAUCAAAGGUGACCUCGAUGCUUCUCUUCCCAAGGUCGAGGGCGAGCUGAAAGGCCCCAAAAUGGACAUCAAGGGGCCGGAGCUUGAGCUGGAGGGGCCAAAGGUUGACCUCGAAGGAAAAGCUAAAAAAUCCAGGUUUAAACUUCCCAAGUUUGGCUUUUCUGGCCCCAAAGUUCAAAGCCCCGAGGUGGAUGUGAAGCUGAAAAAACCUGAGGUGGAACUGUCCGGACCGAAAGUCGAGGUCCAGGCUCCGGAUUUGGAUAUCCAGGGAAAAUCCAAGGGUUCCAAAUUCAAAAUGCCUUUUCUGAACAUUUCUUCACCCAAAGUCUCGAUGCCGGACGUGGAGCUGAACCUGAAGGGGCACAAAAUGAAGGGGGAGUUUGACCUGUCCACCCCCAAACUGGAAGGGGAGCUGAAAGGGCCUGAGGUGGACAUCAAGGGCCCAAAGGUCAACAUCGAGGCCCCCGAUGUGGAUGUUCAUGGCCCAGAAGGGAAAAUCAAAAUGCCCAAGUUCAAAAUGCCCAAAUUUGGUGUUCCUGGGUUUAAAGGGGAGGGGCCAGAGGUGGACGUCAACCUGCCGACAGGAGAACUGGAUGUGUCCGGUCCGAAAGUGGACAUUGAAGGUCCGGAGGUGGACAUUGAGGGGCCGGAGGGGAAGAUCAAAGGCCCCAAGUUCAAGAUGCCCGAGAUGAACAUCAAGGCCCCCAAGAUCUCCAUGCCUGACAUCGACCUCAACCUGAAGGGCCCCAAAGUGAAGGGGGACAUGGACGUGUCCCUGCCCCAGGUGGAUCUGAAAGGACCCAAGGUGGACGUGGAAGUUCCCGACAUCGACGUCGAAGGUCCGAAAGGGAAAAUCAAAGGCCCCAAAUUUAAAAUGCCCGAGAUGAACAUCAAAGCUCCCAACCUCUCCAUGCCGGAGCUGGACCUCAACCUGAAAGGUCCCAAGGUCAAAGGGGGGGUGGACGUCGAUCUGUCCGCACCAAAAAUCGAAGGAGACCUGAGCUUGCCGGACGUCGACAUCAAAGGCCCCAAGGUGGACAUUGAAUGUCCAGAGGUGGACAUGACCCCCAAGAUCUCCAUGCCCGACAUCGACCUGAACCUGAAGGGCCCCAAACUGAAGGGCGAUGUCGAUGUUUCCCUUCCCAAAGUGGAAGGGGACCUGAAAGGUCCUGAAAUUGACCUCAAGGGCCCCAAAGUGGAUGUUGAUCUCCCCGAUGGCAAGGCCCCCAAGAUCUCCAUGCCCGACUUUGACCUGAACCUGAAGGGUCCCAAAGUCAAGGGCGACGUGGACGUGUCACUGCCAAGCGUGGAAGGAGACCUGAAAGGGCCAAAGGUGGACGUGAAAGGCCCCGAAUUUGAUGUUUCUGCUCCAGAUGUCCAAAUUGAGGGCCCUGAGGGGAAGAUCAAAGGCCCCAAGUUCAAGAUGCCCGAGAUGAACAUCAAGGCCCCCAAAAUCUCCAUGCCCGACUUUGAUCUGAACCUGAAAGGCCCCAAAUUAAAGGGAGACAUUGAUGUGUCUGUCCCCAAAGUGGAAGGGGACCUGAAAGCCCCAGACAUCGACAUCAAAGGCCCCAAAGUGGAUGUUGAUCUCCCUGAUGUGGACGUGGAGCUGCCAGAGGGGAAGGUGAAGGGUCCCAAGUUCAAGAUGCCUGAGAUGCACAUCAAGGCCCCUAAGAUCUCGAUGCCCGACCUCGACCUGAACCUGAAGGGCCCCAAGGUCAAAGGUGACGUGGACCUGUCCCUGCCCAGUGUGGAAGGAGAGCUGAAAGGUCCCGAGGUCAACGUCACCGCCCCCGAUGUCAGCAUCGACGGCCCCGAGGGCAAAUUCAAGCUCCCCAAGUUCAAGAUGCCCAAAUUCUCCAUGCCUGGAUUCAAAGGGGACGGGGUGGACGCGGACCUGACCCUCCCCAAGGGUGACGUGUCUAUUUCAGGCCCCAGCGUGGACGUGGAGGCUCCUGAGCUGAGCGUGGACGGCAAAGUCAAAGGUCCCAAAUUUUCCAUGCCCGAGAUGCACAUCAAGGCCCCCAAGAUCUCCAUGCCCGACGUCGAUUUCAACCUGAAGGGCCCCAAACUGAAGGGGGAUGUCGAUGUCUCUGUCCCAAAGCUUGAGGGAGACCUGAAAGGUCCCGAAAUUGACAUCAAAGGCCCCAAAGUCGAUGUUGACCUCCCUGGUGUUGAGUUGGAAGGUCCUGAGGGGAAGAUCAAAGGCCCCAAGUUCAAGAUGCCCGAGAUGAACAUCAAGGCCCCCAAAAUCUCCAUGCCCGACGUUGACUUCAACCUCAAGGGCCCCAAAGUCAAGGGUGACAUCGACAUCUCUGUCCCCAAGCUGGAGGGGAACCUGCAGUGCCCAGAUGUCGACCUCAAGGGCCCCAAAGUGGACAUUCAGGCACCGGACGUGACCCUGGAAGGGCCCAAGGUCCAGAUGCCCGAAAUUCACGUCAAGACCCCCCAGAUCUCCAUGCCCGACAUCGACCUGAACCUGAAGGGCCUGAAGGUCAAAGGUGACGCUGACCUGCACGGCCCCAAGCUCGAGGGGGGUCUGAAGGGCCCCGAGGUCAACAUCAAAGGCCCCAAAGUCGACAUUGAGGGCCCGGCGGUUGAUGUUGACGGUCUGGAGGGGAAAGUGAAGCUGCCCAAAAUGAAAAUGCCCAAAUUUGGCUUGAAGGGCGAAGGUCCCGAAGUGGACGUGGACUUGCCGAAGGCCGAGGUGGAUCUGUCCGUCCCCAAGGUUGAUGUCAGCCUGCCAGAGGUCAACGUUGAAGGUCUGGAGGGCAAAGUGAAAGGUCCUAAAGUGAAAAUGCCUGAAAUGCAUGUGAACGUCCCCAAAAUCUCCAUGCCCGAGAUAGACUUGAACCUGAAAGGCCACAAAACCAAGGGCGGCUUUGACAUUUCCACCCCAAAGGUGGAAGGUCACCUGAAAGGCCCCGAGGUCGACCUCAAAGGCCCAGAAUUCGGGGUCAAAGGCCCUGAAGUUGACGUUGAGUGUCCUGACCUGAACGUCGAGGUCCCAGAAGCCAACAUCAAAGUUCCCAAGUUUAAAAAGUCCAAAUUUGGGUUCGGAAUGAAAAGCCCCAAGGCGGAGGUGGAUUUACCUGAGGCGGAGCUGAAUGUGGAGUCACCUGAGGCCCACCUGUCCGGGAAGGGCAAGAAGAGCAAGUUCAAGAUGCCCAAAAUCCACAUGAGCGGCCCCAAAGUGAAGGGCAAGAAGGGCGCCUUCGACGUGAACGCGGCAGGGGCCGAGCUGGACGCGGAGCUCAACGUCCCCAGCCCCGACGUCACCGUCGGGGGCAACGCCGCCAUGAAGUCCCCCAAAGGCAAGAAACCCAUGUUUGGGAAGAUCUCCUUCCCGGACGUCGAAUUCGACCUGAAAUCGCACAAAUUCCGCGGGGAGGCCUCGGUGGGGGUCCCGAAAGUCGAGGGCGAUCUGGAGGUCAAGGGCGACCUCAAGGGCCCGAGCCUCAACGCGGAUCUUGAAGGUCCUGAGGUGAACCUGAAGAGCCCGAAAUUCAAACUCCCCGGGGUCCAGGUGGGCACGGGGGACGUGAAAAUCGGGGGGGACCUGAAGGGCCCCGCCGGGAUCGACGUCACCGUCCCCUCGGCCGCGGCACCGGACGUCAGCGUGAAAGGACCAAAAGUAAAAGGUGAAGUUGGCAUUGCCGGAGCACAACUGGAAGGUCCCGAGGUGAACCUGGGAUGGCCCAAGGGGGGGAAAACGGGUUUGGGGCUGGAAAUGCCGGACGUGAGCUCGGAGGUGGACGUGAAGCUCAAAGGGCCCCAAAUCUCCAGACCUGAGUUGGAGGGGAGCCUGAAAGGACCAAAAUUAAAGGGAGAUUUGGACAUUUCGGGCUCCGUGGACGCGCCCGGCCUGGACCUCGGCGGCCUCGGGGGGAAGGUGAAGCUGCCCACGGUGAAGUCCCCGACGCUGGAGGUCCAAGGGGGCGUCCCCUGCUCCGUCCAGUCCCCGGGGGCCACCCUGGACCUCCAGGGACCCUCGCUGGACGUCUCCGGCCUGGAUUUGGAUGUCAACGCGAAAGGACCAAAGUUGAAAGGAGACGUCGGCGUCAAAUCCCCCCAGGUGUCGGCAGACAACUCCGGCUUGGAAAUUUUGGGGGGCACCAUCAAGCUCCCGUCCCUGAAGCUGCCCCAGUUCAGCAUCUCCAGCCCCGGCGUGGACGGGGGGGACGCGGGGGUCACUCUGGAGGGCCCCCAGCUCAAGGGGGGGCUGAAGGGCUCCGGUUUGGGGCUGGAAGGCCCCGAGGUGGAGCUGAAAGGGCCGAAAUUCUCCACGCCGGACGUCGACCUGAGGCUGAAAGGACCAAACGUGGACGCGGCCGGUGACAUCAAAGGGUCAAAGGUCAGCGUGGAAGGGGUGGGCGUCCACCUGGAGGCUCCGGCCCUGGAAGUGUCCGGCUCGGGGUUGAACGUCAACGUGAAAGGGCCGAAGGUGAAAGGCGGGGUCGAGGUGACGCCGCCGUCGGUCGGCGCCGCUUCCGGAACCUUCCACGCCUCCUGCCCCAAGGCGGGCGCCGAGGGCGGCCAGGUCAAAGUCUCCUUCCCCAAGCUGCGGAUGCCCAAAUUCGUCUUCUCCGAGCCCGAGGCCAAGGGCCGCGAGGUCGGGGUGGACGUCGACUUCCCCGGCGCCGAGGCGGCCGAGCCGGAGCCGGACGAGGCCGAGGCGCGGCUGAAGAAAUCCAAGCUCAAGAUGCCCAAAUUCAACUUCUCCAAGCAGAAAGGCCGCGCCGGCGGCGGAGCCACGCCGGCGUCCCCCGAGGCGGCGUCGGGCUCGGUGUCCGGCUCCAAGGGCGACCUCAAGAGCUCCAAGGCCAGCCUGGGCCCGGCCGAGGGCGAGCCGGAGGCCGAGGCGCCGGCGGCCAAGGCCAAGUUCUCGCUGUUCCGCAGCAAGAAACCGCGGCCGCGCUCGUCGUCCUUCAGCGACGAGCACGCGGCCGAGCCCGAGGCCGGCCGGCAGCCCAAGGGCAAAUUCGGGACCUUCGGGGGCAUCGGCUCCAAGGCCAAGGGCUGCUACGAGGUGACGGCCGCGCCCGAGGACGGGGGGCGGGCGCCGGGGUCCCCCAAAUCCCGCCUGUCCUCCUCGUCCUCCUCCGAGGGCGUGGCCCGCGCCGCGGUCCGCGUGCCCGGCCUGGAGCUGGCGGUGGCCAAGCGCAAGGAGGGGGGAGGGGCUGGGGGUCCCUCCCCCCGGAUUUUGGGGUCCCCCGGCCCCAAAGUGAAGGGCAAGAAGGGCGCCUUCGACGUGAACGCGGCAGGGGCCGAGCUGGACGCGGAGCUCAACGUCCCCAGCCCCGACGUCACCGUCGGGGGCAACGCCGCCAUGAAGUCCCCCAAAGGCAAGAAACCCAUGUUUGGGAAGAUCUCCUUCCCGGACGUCGAAUUCGACCUGAAAUCGCACAAAUUCCGCGGGGAGGCCUCGGUGGGGGUCCCGAAAGUCGAGGGCGAUCUGGAGGUCAAGGGCGACCUCAAGGGCCCGAGCCUCAACGCGGAUCUUGAAGGUCCUGAGGUGAACCUGAAGAGCCCGAAAUUCAAACUCCCCGGGGUCCAGGUGGGCACGGGGGACGUGAAAAUCGGGGGGGACCUGAAGGGCCCCACCGGGAUCGACGUCACCGUCCCCUCGGCCGCGGCACCGGACGUCAGCGUGAAAGGACCAAAAGUAAAAGGUGAAGUUGGCAUUGCCGGAGCACAACUGGAAGGUCCCGAGGUGAACCUGGGAUGGCCCAAGGGGGGGAAAACGGGUUUGGGGCUGGAAAUGCCGGACGUGAGCUCGGAGGUGGACGUGAAGCUCAAAGGGCCCCAAAUCUCCAGACCUGAGUUGGAGGGGAGCCUGAAAGGACCAAAAUUAAAGGGAGAUUUGGACAUUUCGGGCUCCGUGGACGCGCCCGGCCUGGACCUCGGCGGCCUCGGGGGGAAGGUGAAGCUGCCCACGGUGAAGUCCCCGACGCUGGAGGUCCAAGGGGGCGUCCCCUGCUCCGUCCAGUCCCCGGGGGCCACCCUGGACCUCCAGGGACCCUCGCUGGACGUCUCCGGCCUGGAUUUGGAUGUCAACGCGAAAGGACCAAAGUUGAAAGGAGACGUCGGCGUCAAAUCCCCCCAGGUGUCGGCAGACAACUCCGGCUUGGAAAUUUUGGGGGGCACCAUCAAGCUCCCGUCCCUGAAGCUGCCCCAGUUCAGCAUCUCCAGCCCCGGCGUGGACGGGGGGGACGCGGGGGUCACUCUGGAGGGCCCCCAGCUCAAGGGGGGGCUGAAGGGCUCCGGUUUGGGGCUGGAAGGCCCCGAGGUGGAGCUGAAAGGGCCGAAAUUCUCCACGCCGGACGUCGACCUGAGGCUGAAAGGACCAAACGUGGACGCGGCCGGUGACAUCAAAGGGUCAAAGGUCAGCGUGGAAGGGGUGGGCGUCCACCUGGAGGCUCCGGCCCUGGAAGUGUCCGGCUCGGGGUUGAACGUCAACGUGAAAGGGCCGAAGGUGAAAGGCGGGGUCGAGGUGACGCCGCCGUCGGUCGGCGCCGCUUCCGGAACCUUCCACGCCUCCUGCCCCAAGGCGGGCGCCGAGGGCGGCCAGGUCAAAGUCUCCUUCCCCAAGCUGCGGAUGCCCAAAUUCGUCUUCUCCGAGCCCGAGGCCAAGGGCCGCGAGGUCGGGGUGGACGUCGACUUCCCCGGCGCCGAGGCGGCCGAGCCGGAGCCGGACGAGGCCGAGGCGCGGCUGAAGAAAUCCAAGCUCAAGAUGCCCAAAUUCAACUUCUCCAAGCAGAAAGGCCGCGCCGGCGGCGGAGCCACGCCGGCGUCCCCCGAGGCGGCGUCGGGCUCGGUGUCCGGCUCCAAGGGCGACCUCAAGAGCUCCAAGGCCAGCCUGGGCCCGGCCGAGGGCGAGCCGGAGGCCGAGGCGCCGGCGGCCAAGGCCAAGUUCUCGCUGUUCCGCAGCAAGAAACCGCGGCCGCGCUCGUCGUCCUUCAGCGACGAGCACGCGGCCGAGCCCGAGGCCGGCCGGCAGCCCAAGGGCAAAUUCGGGACCUUCGGGGGCAUCGGCUCCAAGGCCAAGGGCUGCUACGAGGUGACGGCCGCGCCCGAGGACGGGGGGCGGGCGCCGGGGUCCCCCAAAUCCCGCCUGUCCUCCUCGUCCUCCUCCGAGGGCGUGGCCCGCGCCGCGGUCCGCGUGCCCGGCCUGGAGCUGGCGGUGGCCAAGCGCAAGGAGUGACCCCGGGGUGGCCAAAGAGUGACCCCGGGGUGGCCAAAGAGUGACCCCGAGUGGUCAAGGAGUGACCCCGAGUGGUCAAGGAGUGACCGCCAGGGGGGUUGUACAUAGGCCUGGCCCAAGGGACCCCCGCGUGUACAGAGGGGGGGAGGGGCUGGGGGUCCCUCCCCCCGGAUUUUGGGGUCCCCCCCGUGCCGAGAGCUUUCAUUUCUUCUCUCCCAAUUUAUCUUUUUUUUUGAUAUUUUUAUUGGGGUUUAUUUUGUGUC